CACAUUUCCUGAAAACGCCCCGUGCACGGAGCGCGCGCGCGACGCGAGAGAGAGACAGAGACAGAGAGAGGAGGAGAAAGAGAACCCAAAGGAAAAAAAAGUGACUCUGAAUAAUAAUAAUAAUAAUAAUAAUAAUAAUAAUAAUAAUAAUAAUAAGGUUUCGUUGUUUAUCCAAAGAAAGGAGGGGAUGGGUUGGACCUCUGGGUGAAUUCCUACCUCCCUUUUCACUUUGAAAAAACUUUAUAUUCGCACCGCCGUCUCGAGCUCACCCUCAACGCACCACCGGGACCCAAGGUCAGCCACCGGCAGAGGUGUCCGCCCACGGGAGCUUGGCAACGCGGCACCCGAGAGACCUCCACGCACCACCCGCGGGCGGCGCUCCUUCUCCCGACACUUAAAACAUGGGAGUUUGACUCCGCCGGUUGAAUUAAACGACGGACUUCAACACGACGGGCGCUCGCGAAGCGACAACCAUGUUGGGAAACGCGGGGUCUUACGCCAACAAGAAGAGGAAGAAGCCCGUUCUCAAACAGAAGAAGGCCUCCGAAGCCAAUGAAGUCGUCAAGUCGAACCCCUCGAAGCGCCACCGGGAUCGGCUGAACGGCGAGCUGGAGCGGCUGACCGACCUGCUGCCCUUCUUCGGGGAGGUCCGCUCCCGUCUGGACAAACUGUCGGUGCUCCGCCUCAGCGUGGGUUACCUGAGGGUCAAGAGCUACUUCAAAGCGACCAUGAACUCCAGCAGCAGUCGGAUGUUCUCCGGCGCGAACGGGCUCAACGGGCACAGCGCGGACGCCUCUGGCUUCUCCGAGGGGGACCUCCUGCUCCAGGCGCUGAACGGGUUUGUGAUCGUGGUCACGUCGGACGGGUCGGUGUUCUACGUCUCCGCCACAGUGAAGGACUACCUGGGCUUCCAUCAGUCGGACGUGGUCCACCAGAGCGUGUUCGAGCUCAUCCACACGGACGACCGGGCCUUGUUCCAACAGCAGCUCCACUUCGCUCUCAACCCGCCGGCCGCCGCCGCGGGCGGAGAAGGCCUGCAGAGCGGCACGGUGAUGUACAGCCCCGAUCAGCUUCCCCCGGAGAACUCGUCCUUCCUGGAGAGGAGCUUCGUGUGUCGCUUCCGCUGCCUGCUGGACAACUCCUCCGGCUUCCUCGCUCUGAAGUUCCAGGGGCGACUGAAGUACCUCCACGGCCAGAAGGUCUCCAAUGGGAGCAGCAGCAAGCCUCAGCUGGGGCUCUUCAGCAUCGCCGUGCCCGUCCAGCCUCCGACCAUCGUGGAGAUCAGAGCCAAGAUGCUCCUCUUCCAAACCAAACACAAGCUGGACUUCACGCCGAUGGGCGUCGACAGCAGGGGGAAGAUCAUUCUGGGCUAUUCGGAGAUCGAGCUGUGCAUGAAGGGCUCCGGCUACCAGUUCAUCCACGCGGCCGACAUGAUGCACUGCGCCGACAACCACAUCCGCAUGAUUAAAACUGGAGAGACCGGGCUGACGGUGUUCCGGCUCCUGACGAAGUCGGGCGGCUGGGUGUGGGUGAAGUCCAACGCCAAGCUGAUCUACAAAGGGGGGCGGCCCGAGUUCAUCAUCGCGUACCAGAGAGCUUUAGUCAACGCCGAGGGCGAGGAGUACCAGCGCCAGAGGAGGCUGCAGCUUCCCUUCAGCUUCACCACGGGAGAGGGCGUCCUGUACAACACCGGCCCCGCGGUGGACGUCGCCCAGUUCCAGUUCAAUAAGAUGUUCAGCAACGUGGAGGACAUGAAGAAGGACGUGACCCCCGGCUCCCUGCUGGACUGCUUCUUGAGCCAGGACCAGUCGGUCUACAUGCAGGUGCCGGACGCCCCCUUGCCCGUGGAUCAGGUGUUCAUGGACAGCCAGGCGCUGGUAAGCGUGCCCGGGGACUCGUGGCAGGGGGGCGGUGACGCGGCGGCGGGCGACGUCGUCAUCGUGAAAGAGGAGGCCAAGCAGUCGGUGAUGGCCGUGAUCGACAACCUGGAAAAGAUGGCGCACGACGGCGACUUUUGCGCCGCCUUGCAGAAUCUGGACGUCAGCGACGCGGAGCUGAUGGAGUGGGAGAACACCCUCAAGAGGCUGGGCGAGGACGGGGAGCAGCACAGCAACGUCAAGUCCGACCUGGACAGCGUCCUCACCAACGACAUCUUUGACUUCAUCGACACCGUCUUGUUCAAGGAGAAGGGGGACGAGUGUCUCGAGGCCCCCAGCUGCCUCACGGCGGCCAACGACCAUCGGCCGGACCCCUUCGGCCAGGUCGGGCCUGGCGAGCCCCCGUUGUUUGAGACGCCGAGCCCCGAUCGCACCUACUCUCCGAUGAACGGUCUCUACGCCCGCCAGCAGGAGGCGAUGGUCCGCCCGGCGAUCGCCGAGCCCCCUCAGAUAUUCACCCAGAAACUCUCCCACCUCGGCCCCCUGAUCCCUCCGGCGGACCCCAACCAGCCCGCCGUUCACCAGCUGCACCUCCGGGACAUCUUCAGCCCGUCGAUAGAGCUCCCGGAGCUCACCGUCCCCGGCGCCUCGGCCCCUUUCCCGUCCUGCGGGCGGGCACCGAGCGGCCACAUGGGCCGACCUCUGGGGAUUCCCAACCAGACGCAGCCCGGCCAGCUUCUGCACUGUCCCCAGAACAGUUUUCCGGCUCCCGCGGUUGCACCAAACGGCCGCUUUCUGCAGAGCUCCGCUCGGCAACCAAACAACGUGGCUCCCGGCGCGAUGGAAGUCCCGCACCCCCUGAUUUCUUGCAAAGCCUUCAACGCUCUCGGCGCGCCCAAUAUCCCCGCUCCCUUUGCCACGCCGUGUCUUCAAGGGAGCUCCUCGUUUCAACCGCACGGCCAACAGGUUCAGCAGUGGCAGCAGAGGCCGCCUCACGCCGGCGUGGUGCAGAACGGGCACGAGCCGACGGCGGCGCGCCACAGCCAGACUCCCGGAGGGCAGACGCUCCCGAGCGCCGGCCUCUGGCCGAGCGGCGCCGCUGGACUGAACAACGGCCAGCAGGGGGGGCUGUCGUGCGGCCAGGCGGCCGCUCACAGCAGCUGCAUGUUCGACCAGCACUUUUCCUCCAGCCCAGCAGGGGGCGACGUCCUGGCUCUCUCUGGCUUCUCGGACCUGAGGGGGGCCGACGCGUCCCUGGAUCAGAGUCCCCCUCGGGGCUCCUGCUACUUCCAGUGGGUCCACGGUGAGUCUGUGGUGGGCACGUCCGCCAUCAACCAGGAGAAGACCAGCAUCAGUCCGCCGCCCAACAUGCAGCACUACCUGGAACACCACCGACAGACUCAGCAGGACGAACUCAACGGGAUGUUUGCCGCCCCCUCUCGGGACGCGGCCAUGUACCCGAUGAAGUAGUCGGGCUGCUUCCUGCAGGAGGACACACCUCCGUAUCGUUGGCCUGUAUCAGCGCUCAUCCACAGACUCUCAUGCUUCCCCACACACACCUCCAUUUUACUUCUUUUUGUUUUUAUAUAUCAAUCUGUACCGUUUAUAUACUCUGUCCAAGUCUGUAUCGUUGGAAAAAAAAAAAAAAAAGCUGCGCUCGUCAGUUUAUUUUUUUUUUAGUGAAGAUGCGCGAUAUUAAUAAUGAAGUAUGAAGCCGCAGGAUGGAGCUUGAGCCAGCUAGGAGGGUCAAGUGAAUCCAAAUAGCCAAAGAAAUAGGUUUUUAUGAGGGAAGCCAGGUGUCGCCACGGAGACGUUCAUUCAUCUCCCGGUUUAUAAACGCCUGAAAUACGACGAGAAAGAAAAACUAGAACGUGCUGUUUUUUUUGUUUAAAAAAAAAAUAUAUAUAUAUAUAUAUAUAUAAUUAUUCUAAACUUCGAUGGCGACCUUUCUAAAAGAUGUUGUCAUCGUCUUUGUAAAAAAAAAAUGCAAUAAAAAAAAUUUAAAACGCGAAAAUAAAUCACUUAAAAGUGAAAAACCUCAACGUGAUGUUAUUACGGAUGAAAAUAAAUCGUUUUUUUUUUUUUUUCUCACAAAAAAAACGUAAAGAGCGUAAAUGAGAACGCCGCGCAGAGAUUUGUCAAGUAUAAAAAAAUAAAAUAAAAAUGUUAACGGCAACAGUAACCGUGUCCCGGAAUAUAAGCGGCGCGAUCGUGAAACGAUUUGUGGCGUUCGCUCUGCUGCCUGCUAAACUUUUGUUUUUUCCAUAUUUUUGGGGGGAUUCGUCGCAUUAAUUUUUCGCUGACGUUUAUUACCGUAUUCUUUUUCUUUUUUAAACCCGCAAAUGAGCAUCGCUGCAGUUGAGUUAUUUUUGUAAUGCAGACCUGAACGCUUUGGGGUGCUUCUCACUAUAUUCGGCAACUGGAAGUCUGGUAUGCAAAUGAGCCAAAAUAAAUCCCUCCACGUGUCUCAACCCGUCUGAAACGGGGCAGACGACAGAAUAAUCUCCCAAAUUGUUCCCCGGCGUCGAACCAAACGGUGAGUUGGAGAUCUUAAAGGUCAGAUGAACCGGUGGUGCCUUCAGGCGCUCUUCGGUUAAAAAAAAUUCAAAUGAAACGGCUGGUAAAUAUAGAUAGCAGCGUAAAGAUAAUAAUACAUUAUUAUAACUUCUUAUAUCCCUUUUUUCCCAUUUAUAUACACCCUUCAAAGGAGAGCACUUAAAAAUAAAGCACACCCCACACAGGAGCACCCUAAAACAUGUGUAUAUAUAUAUAUAUAUAUAUAUAUAUAUAUAUAUAUAUAUAUAUAUAAACCCAAACAUUAAUUCAUAUGAUAGCGUCGUGACCGUACACCGUUUCUCAUGCCUUCAUUCCUCGCGGGCAGCUUUAAAAAAUUUAAUUAAAUAAAAAAAAUGUGUCCUCGUAAUACAUGUACCUGUGCCUUCCUGUGUAUUAAAAUAAUAUUUUCGAAGGCAAUCCUUGAGAGCUGCACUAAUAUAAGGGAAGCCGUGUCCGCGCGAGAUGCAGAAUGUUUACUGUAAAGUUAAAAAGAAAAAGAGUUUUUUUGUUUUUUAUUAUUAUCCUCGAGUGCAUUUCAAGACUCGGAGGAAUCUCUGUAAAUGUCCAUUUUCCAUCUCCCCCCAAAAAAAAAAAACCGUCCGUAACUAUGGAAACAAGGGAAAAAGCUUAACUCGACCUAUCUCGAGUUAAACGAGUCCAACGAUGCAUUCUGAUCAUAUUUUACUCCGUUUCCUGUUUCUGCUCUUUUAUUUUUGGUGUUUUGUUAUUUCCACACUACAAAAAAAAAAAAAGAAACUGUUUGGAUUAUUAACCCCGAGUAAAGAAACAUGGCAGCUUUAUCGUAUAUAUUUCUGCUGCAUUGUGGGAAAUCACUCAAGUGUUUUUUUUUGUAUAACUUUUUUUCCCGUUAAAAAAAAAAAAAAA